AAACAAAGGUUAGCACUUAGUUAACAAAAAAUAAUGUUCCAUGUUUUGCAUAAAUUUCAUAAUAAUAAAAUAAUAAAGUUCCUUUAGUAUCGAAAUUUGAAAAACCGCGCUAGUGAUCCCAAGUUGACAACUUUGACAACAUAACCCCAUUUUUUUAUGUAUUGUACAUAGCCUUGUUAUUAAUAAUUAUUUAUCUAUGAAACUACCCUGAUAAAUGAUAUCAAACAUAAAUUAUACGAUUUAAAAUGGACAGUGCCGUUUACGAUACAGACAAAAUUCUGACUUCUUUUGAAGAUGGAACGUUUCGUAGAGUUUACGGAUCUACCAGGACGAUUUCGCUGACGGAAAUAAUAACGCAGUUGCACGAAUUCGUAUCGUGGCUUAAUACGACCGUAAUUCCAUAUUGUAAUUUGGAAAUUGAAAGCUUCGAUGCCGAACAACGAGCACAAUUCUUUCAAAUCGCAGACUUUGCCAGGGAUAGACUGGCUAGAGUUAAGGACGUGAGGGAUCCUGCGAAAAGAUGUAAUCCUUACAUGAUUAGGUGCAGUAAAUGUGGCGAAUUGGUGAAGAUAGACUGUUGGGAGAGCAUUCAACAACAUGAACAUUUUGAGCAGGUGUUAUCCAAUCAGAACAGUGUAUUGGAUCUCCAACCGCCGGUGCAAGUUGAAGGUGUAGGAACUGCAAGUGGCUGUACUUGUGCUGUUACGCUGCCCACCAAGUUUAAGUUUCGUUUUUCGGUUGGAUAUUUCCCAGAAGUUGUAAGGUUUUUUUACAUCACCAGAGAAUUUAAAAACGAUACGGUUUAUAUAAACGGCGUCAGUUAUUACACGUUACGAAUUAUAGAUGACGAUAUGUGCAGCUGCUUAAUAUGUGAUACUAUUGUCGGCCGCAAAUCUGUCGUAUCGCACAUUGAAGGGAAAAGGCAUACUGCCAAUAAAGUUUCAGCGUCUUUACCCAAUGUAGAAGUCUUUCACAAGCAAUGGAUGAGUCAAGAGCUGGCAUUUCAAGUGCAUCAAUUGUACUUUGUACCGUUUAAUAAGUAUUAUACGUUAUGUGAACUUUGCACUUGCUCCUAUGUUGCAUACACAUCGCUUAAGGAUCACCUUUUGGAUAAGAGACACAAAAAACUGAUUUUGGAACAGUUUAAAACGUACAGAAAUGUAGCGAUUUUGAAAAUGCAGGCGCAACUGUAUGGGGAAGAAGUGGAAGCAAUCAAACCCGAUGAUGGACAAACUGAUCAAAUUGCAUCUAUCAGUCCAAUAAAGUCUAGUAUUGUAAAUGGUUACAUUAACGAAAAUACUUGCAAUAAUUGUUUGACUUUCACGCCUCAAUCGCCUAUGCGCUUUGAUUUCGUUAUUCAUUAUCAUUCGAAUCUGGAACGUCUGCUGUACGGCAAUCAUCAGUUUUCCGGAAAAACAAAAAUGAAAAACGGCAGCGAGCUGCAUCUAAUACUGUCACACAAUGCCACCGACUGCGCUUGUCUUUUGUGUUGUUGCAAAUUUGCCUUGAAACUCACGAAAGAACACUUGGAAGGCGCUAAGCACUUCAAAAAAGCGAACGACAGCCAAUGCGUGGAUAACUUGGAAGCUUAUCACCGCUACUGGAUCGGUCAAGAAGUCGAAUACCAAGCUCAUCAGGUCUACUUCCUUCCAUCGUCUGCCAAUUCGGCCACGUGUCAACUGUGUAAAAACUUGAACGUGUUUUACGAUUUAAUACACCAUCAUUUAAAGGACAAGUGUCAUAAACAACAGGUACUUCAAGAGAAUUCCCAGCAGUCCGAUUUGCUUGUACUUCAGCGGAAAGUUUACCAAACAAAUAGCAACAACUUCGAUUUGCUAAUUAAUGAUGUGGAACAACCCGAUGCUGUAGUUCAUGAUUUAGUCGAAAUACCUUCGACAAGCGCGAACGGUACUCGCAAACUAUCUGAAAAUAGUAAUGAAAAGUCAGAUUCGGAAUCAGAAGAUGAGCCGUCCGACACGGAGAAUGACCAGCCGCAAACCGACGCAAAACCCGUUACUAAAGAAGACGUGGAGCAUAAGAUUGUGAAAUCUUUCGAUGGGAAUAGUCAGAAUGAGUUGCAUAAUUUAAUCGAGCAUCGGCAUUGGGCCGAUUUUGAUAGAGGGAUGAGAAUUACACAGACUCACGUCGAGUGUUUGGUGUGCAAAGUGAAACUGGCUAAAGAACGUGAACAGAUUUUGCUGCACGUCAUGUUAACAUCUCACAAGGUUAAUGUUGGCAAUAAGAAGAAGACUAAAUUUUAUUGCGAGAUAUGCAACACACACAUUCAUCGAGAGCCGACCUGGUUGUACCAUAUAAGGGCCGAUCGUCACAAAGACAGAUGCCAAAAGUUAGGAUCAAGUCGACAACUGAAGCUCACGGAAUAUGAGUGCACAACCUGCCAGUUGGUUAUAUUCGGUGAUGAUAUGUCUAUCAUGCGACACCGCAUGACCAGGCAAGGAAAGGGAAAACGUUCAAAAAAGAUCACUUUGAACCAAAAGGUGAAAAAUCUUCUUGUUAGCGAAAAGUUCAUAACGCAGGAGGCUAAUAGACUUGUAAAGGAAGCAAAAGAAGUUCUACAGAAUCAGGCAAAGGUUAAUGAAUGCUGUUGCGCGAUUAAAGCAGCUUUGACGGAACUCUAUCCGCAUUGCGCCGUUUAUCCCUUCGGGUCACAGGUCUCUGGACUAGGAAAUAAGCAUAGUGAUUUAGAUUUAUUUGUCGACUUGGACGACAUGUAUUUCGGCGAAAAAAACCAAGAUUCACGUAAUCAAGUUAGAUACGUAACUGACGUAAUGAAAGUAUUUGUGAAGAAGCCAAAGCUUUUCCGUGAUCUCAAUCCGAUCGCUAGCGCUAGAACGCCGAUUGUACAAGUCUACCACGUUCCUACUCAAUUAGAUUGUGAUUUAUCAUUUCGACACGGUUUAAGUGUGGAAAACACCAAAUAUUUACGGCUGUGUAUAGAAUUGCAACCGACGAUUCAGCAGUUAAUUCUUAUACUAAAGCAAUGGCUGGUUUGCACUAAAUUGACGGGCCAUAUCACAACGUACUCGCUUUCGAUGAUGGUAAUCUUUUUUUAUCAAAGUUUGGGAUAUUUAACCGCAGUUCACAAGCUUAAAUAUUUAGCACCGGGAGCCUCGCUUAUUAUUGAUGGCUGGGGCGUUAUCAAUUUCGAUUCAUUUACCCCAGAAGCGAUUAGGCCACAUAUUAAUUUAUGUGAAAAAUCUCUCAAGGAAUUACUCGUGGAUUUUUUUUUGUAUUAUAGCAAGUUUAAUUAUGAAAAAGAUGUGAUUUGUCCUCUCUUAGGACAUACCAUAAUAAAAUCUCUAUUUUCCGAAGACGCACAGGUUACCGGUUUACCUCUGGAAAUGUCAAUAUAUGUUCGAAAAGUUUCUGAAAACACCACUGAGCAUUUUAGGUCUGAAUCGGCCAUGUGUAUUCAAGAUCCGUUCGAUUUGAGUCACAAUUUAACGAAAGGCUGUUCUGCUGGUAUUGUAAAUAAAUUAAAGCAAUUAUGUGGUUUGACGCAUACAUUUUUAACAACGGGAAAAUAAUGUUUAUGGGGUUGAGUUUUUUAUAUGCUUUGUUUUAUUGUACAAUCUUUUAAAUAAAAGUGCUUGAAAACCCU